CUUGUGGCAGCCCAAGAGAGAGCAACAGUAUUAAGUUCAAGUCGUAUAUUCUCUACAGACAUUCACUAUAGCUGAGUCUGAGCGAUAUAGCUUGAUAGCUUUCUCGUGCCUAACCAAUAGUCACCAGCAUCAGUACCUUCUCAAUACCAAAAUUCUUGUCUCAAUGCAAUCGCUCACGCUUACAAAUUAACGCUAUUUAGUUCAAUUUCGCCCUUUGCAGCAGCCGUUCUAUAUAACGCCGCAAAUUGAAAAGAUUCUCAAAAUUUGUUCGAUGAAAAUGGUCUAAGAACUUAAAUGAAUUUUAAUUUUCUUUGUACAUAAAAAAAAAUAUAAAUUUGGUGAAAAUUUUACUAUAGUGAAAAUUGUUAUAUUUUGAAAUAUUUUUUAUAAAACCAAGUGCUUUAGUUUUUUAUGUAGGAAGUCAUUUGUGCUCGCAAAAAAAAAUUAACGACUUUGGAUCGCGCCGGAUUAAAGUUAACGUACAUAAUUUCUUCUAAAAAAUGGGUGAAUCUGAAGCAAUUCAGCGACUUAAUUUCAACGAUGACGACAUCAAUGUUGAUGAAGCUGAUGAAUCAGGAUAUAUCAAUGGUCCAAUUUACGAUAAAAUAUACAAAUUGGCUGAAACAUUCGCUGCAACUAAGAUCGGGCAUUUUGUUACUGGAAAAGUUGAUGGACUUUUAAAACUUAUUGAAGAUACAGCAAAAUGGAGCUUGCCACCAAGAAAUCAGGAUAAAAAUGAGUCAAGUGUACCACUUCAACGACCUCUACCUUGGAUACCAUUUAUUGCGUUGAUAUUAAUUUUGCGCUUAGCUCGAAUAGGCUUGUCAGUAGCAGGACUAUUUAUUGGCAAUGCACCCUUAGUUCCAAGUGAUGUUGUGUAUUUUAUACAAACUCGAAGGCGAAAAUUACGAUCAAUUAGAAUUGCUGGAAUGAGGGAAAUUCAAAAAAAUAAACAAACCCAAAGACCCUCAACAAGUGGUGGUCUACUAUCAAGUGUAACACAUUUAAUGUCAAUGGCCAUUUGCCGACCCAAAUUAUGUGAAGAUACUCAUAACAUCCUUGUCAAUGAAAAUUGUUUUGGAGAAGCCCAAUGUUCUGGUGUGGUCGAGACUCAACAAAAUCAUAAUACAUCUAAGAAUCGUCGCAUUGAAGAUGAAGAUGAAAACAUAUCUGAUCACGACCUAACAUUAGAUCAAAUCCUCGACAAAUAUGGAGCUAGUAGCAAUGAAGAUGAUGAUUCCGAUUUCAUUCCACCCAGCGAUGGUUUGCUAGAUGCCGACACUUCAGCUACCUCAACAUCAUCUGCAUCAUCCGAUGAAGGAAUUAAUAACGAUGAUGAUAUUGAAAAUAAUGAAAGUGAAGCUCCUCCACUAUCUAUUUCGAAUGAACUAAAUGAAUCGAACUAUCUUAUGACUAACGGAAAUAUUAGUUUAGAAAGUCAAGACCAUAGCAUCGGGAACAAAAUAAAUGGUGAACACUCGGACACAAAACUCAGAAAACCUAAAAUAAUGCCAAAACCAAUUAAGGAAGAACCUCUUCCGCUACCAAUUCAAGAAAUCAAACAAGAACCAGCCGACAGCGAUGAAGAUACAAAUAGAAAUAGAAUAGAAUUUGAAAACUCUGAAGAUUUUAGAAUUCCCAAUAAGAUUGAUCUUCACCAACACCAACACCAACAGCAGUCCAUUGUGGAACUCGAAAAUGUAUCCAAAGAAUCAUGUGAAAAUAAUGUAAUCACUGAGAAUGGAAAAGAUCAACAUAUGGAUAUAAUGAAUGGCGAUCAAACACAAUCAGAAAUUUUUGUCACUCCUGCUACUUCUGCUGAAGAUUUGUUCUUUAGCCCAGUCGGUUCACCAGAUCUAUGUGGUAAUUUUGGUUAUCAACCAACAUCAAUUUUAAAAAAUUGUCAAGCUGUUCAUUUGGAGAAGAGAGGGCACAUGGAAGCGUUUGCUGAAAAUGAGAAUUUUAUUAGAGGCGAAAGCACAAAUGAAUCAGCAGCGACAUCAAGGCCGGCAAAAAAUGCCAAUCACACUGGAAAACCAAUUAAAAACAAAUUACGAGGAAAACGGCGAUAGAACUCAAAUAAAAUUCAUCAUAUUUUAGUUUUAAACGUUCCUGUUAGCUAUGCCUAAUGUUAUCGAACCAAUAGUUUGUAUAUUUUUUUUUAAUUAUUGCAAGUCAAAGUUGAGUCAUUUUAAAAAAGAUAAUUUAAUAUAAUAUAUUUAUAAGAAAAACUAUAA